GUGCGCGAGGGCACGGGGGCGCGCGCGGGCUCGGGAGGAGGCUCCCGGGCGAGUCGGUCCGCGCGGCGCACCCUGCUCCCCGGGCUCCUAUGUGAGGGAAUCGGGGAGGCCAGCGGCGCGCCGGGGAGGGCGAGGCAUGUGCACGGGCCGGGGGGUGCUGCAGCCGCCCGAGGACGAGGAGGACGGCGGCGAGGAGGAGAGCGGGGGGCUCGCGGCGGCGGGCCCGGGCCGAGGGGAUGCAGCGGACUGUGUGUGUCCGGCCGUAGCUGACGCGAGGCGGCGAGGAGGCGCCGGGGACCCGCGCGAGGGGCGCCAGGAGGCGGCGGCCGCCGCGAGAAGUGGCAGGCGGAGCGGCGGCGGCGGCGGCGGCCCUGAAAUGCAUUUUUCCCUCCAGCGGCCAUGUUAACCAGGAAACCUUCGGCCGCCGCUCCCGCCGCCUACCCGACCGGCCGAGGAGGGGACAGCGCGGUUCGUCAGCUUCAGGCUUCCCCGGGGCUCGGUGCAGGGGCUCCCCGGAGCGGAGUGGGGACCGGCCCGCCCUCCCCCAUCGCCCUGCCGCCUCUUCGGGCCAGCAACGCUGCCGCCGCAGCCCACACGAUUGGUAGCAGCAAGCACUCAGCGAAUGACCACCUGCAUGUCGGCGGCCACGCUCACGGGCAGAUCCAGGUGCAGCAGCUGUUUGAGGAUAACAGUAACAAGCGGACUGUGCUCACGACGCAGCCGAAUGGGCUGACAGCUGUGGGCAGGACAGGCUUGCCAGUGGGCACAGAGCGGCAGCUGGACGGCAUUCACAGACGGCAGGGGAGCUCUACCUCUCUGAAGUCCAUGGAGGGCAUGGGGAAGGUGAAAGCCACCCCCAUGACGCCUGAACAGGCGAUGAAGCAAUACAUGCAAAAACUAACGGCCUUUGAGCACCAUGAGAUUUUCAGCUACCCUGAAGUGUAUUUCUUGGGUCCAAAUGCAAAGAAGCGCCAGGGCAUGACAGGUGGACCCAACAAUGGUGGCUAUGACGAUGACCAGGGAUCGUAUGUGCAGGUGCCCCACGACCACGUGGCUUACAGGUACGAGGUCCUCAAGGUCAUCGGCAAGGGGAGCUUUGGGCAGGUGGUCAAGGCCUAUGACCACAAAGUCCACCAGCACGUGGCCCUGAAGAUGGUGCGGAACGAGAAGCGCUUCCACCGGCAGGCGGCGGAGGAGAUCCGGAUCCUGGAACACCUGCGGAAGCAGGACAAGGACAACACCAUGAAUGUCAUCCACAUGCUGGAGAACUUCACCUUCCGCAACCACAUCUGCAUGACCUUCGAGCUGCUGAGCAUGAACCUCUACGAACUCAUCAAGAAGAACAAGUUCCAGGGCUUCAGCCUGCCUUUGGUGCGCAAGUUCGCCCACUCAAUUUUGCAGUGCUUGGAUGCCUUGCACAAAAACAGAAUAAUUCACUGUGACCUCAAGCCCGAGAACAUUUUGUUAAAGCAGCAGGGUAGAAGUGGUAUUAAAGUGAUCGAUUUUGGCUCCAGUUGUUACGAGCAUCAACGUGUCUAUACGUACAUCCAGUCACGUUUUUACCGGGCUCCAGAAGUGAUCCUUGGGGCCAGGUAUGGUAUGCCCAUUGAUAUGUGGAGCUUGGGUUGCAUUUUAGCAGAGCUCCUGACAGGUUACCCCCUCUUACCUGGGGAAGACGAAGGGGACCAGCUGGCUUGCAUGAUCGAACUGUUAGGCAUGCCCUCCCAGAAACUGUUGGAUACAGCCAAAAGAGCCAAAAAUUUUGUGAGCUCUAAGGGUUAUCCCCGUUACUGCACUGUCACAACUCUCUCAGAUGGCUCUGUGGUUCUGAAUGGAGGCCGGUCCCGGAGGGGGAAAAUGAGGGGACCCCCUGAGAGCAGAGAGUGGGGGAAUGCACUGAAGGGGUGUGACGACCCCCUUUUCCUCGACUUCUUAAAACAGUGUUUAGAAUGGGAUCCCGCAGUGCGCAUGACCCCCGGCCAGGCUCUGCGGCACCCUUGGCUGAGGAGGCGCUUGCCAAAGCCUCCCGCCGGGGAGAAGACCUCAAUGAAAAGGGUCACGGAGAGCACCGGUGCUAUCACGUCUAUUUCCAAGUUACCUCCACCUUCCAGCUCAGCUUCCAAACUGAGGACUAAUUUGGCACAAAUGACAGAUGCCAAUGGGAAUAUUCAGCAGAGGACAGUGUUGCCAAAACUGGUUAGCUGAGCUCCAGUCCCUUGAUGCUGGUAAUCUGAAAGACAUGACAUUGCUAAGCCUUACUGGGUUGAAAAGGCAUAGCUCAGACCUGUUUUUAUUUGCUCAAUAACUCUACUCAUUUGUAUCUGUUCAGCACUUAAUUUUAAUGUAAGAAAGUUGUUCAUUUUGUUUUUAUAAAAUACAUGAGGACAAUGCUUUUACACUUUCUGAAACUUUUUGUGUUCUGACAGUAUGAUGAGCCUUACUAUAUUCAGUGUGGUAGAAGAAUGGCAUCCAUGGCAGGCCAUUGACUCCUUCACGACUGCCACGUAGUGACAGAUUGGUGUCAGAGACAUUAUCACGAUUGCAUUUUCCUGGUUUUGUCACACUCCCAGGGCGAGAGCCCACGUCCCCUCCUCUCUCCAUUCACAGGUCCACGCAUGGGGUUGCGUGUCCUACUUUCAUUGUUUCGUAGGUUAAUCUGGGAGGUGGUGGUGGUGCUGGGAGGAGAGUGGUCAGGACAGAAGUGAUAUUCUAAGAAAACUACACCUUAAGGAGAAUUUUUUUUCUCUGGUGCUCAAACAAAUACAAAAUGGGAGUCCCAAGAUUUAAAUCGCUGGGUUAGCAUCCUGACAUUCUGAAAGCAUGCAAAGCAGCUUUUUGUGGGUAAAUGGAGAUGGAAGCAUGCAUUCCUCCAGAUUCCCUAGUAUGAUCAGCAGGCUGUUUUGUAAAGAAGCCUCAUAUGACAGAAUUGGUUUUGCACAUAAAUCUAGAAAGGUAUUCCAGGAACAGCCCCACCCUGCUCUUGGCUGUUUCCCUCUGUAUUUCUGUUUGACCAGACAUCUGCUGCUUGCAUCGGGGUCACCUUCUUCCUUCAGCUACAUGUCCCAGACUAUUCAUACAGCAAAGAGACAUGUCAGCUGUGAUUAUGACCAUUUCAUAUUCCAAUUUUAAAAAGGACAGCAGCCUAGCUACUUAAGGUGGGGAUUUCCAUUGUCCCAAAGAAAAUUUAGCAGGUCAGAGUGAGUUCACACUUUUCAGGUGCCACUUAAGGUUCUCUUUGCCUGGGAAAGUAUCAACUUUUGUAAAGGAGGAGGGUUUAAAAUCCUCUUGAUGAAUGGAAGUCAUGGCUGUUUAGUAAGGCCAAUAUUAACAACAUUUAAAGGAGGAAAAAUUCAACCUCAAGUUAAAUGGUUUGACUUAUUCUUUAUAUUGUUGGAAGAAUCACAGAAAUCGCAUUCCUCAAUUUUGUUUUACUUUCUUUUGGAUUGCACUGAUUGCUUCUGUGGGAAUGACACUUUACCUUGGAAAAGUAACUGAGACUUAGGUAAAAGAAUAUUUUCUUCUCUAAAUAGUAAUUAUUUUCACAGUGAAAAUUUCAGUAUUUUAUCACUAAUGUAUAAGCAGUGAUAUAUUACAAUUUCAAGGCACGAGGAAAAAUUUUUUGGUAUGUGCAAUUUAAUAUAGAAAGAUUUCUGCCUGUUUGGACAGUAGGUUUUGAGUAGUACAAAUUAGGAUAAAUAAUCUUUUAUAUGCACAGAUGUUAUUGUAUUGCCUGUAAAUUGAUUUUACAAGUACUUAAAGCAUGGUCCUAGUGAGGCCAAGAAGGUUUCCAGUUAAGUUCUUUGAAUAUUAAUCCUACAGUUUCUCUUACUUUAAAAAAAAAAAAGUAGUUUUGAACAAAACACUUUACUAUCUUGAGGCUUUGUUGGUUGAUGGUGGAAAAAAAUGCUCAGGAAAUAUUUCAGAUAUUUGCCAAAAACAGUAAUAAGAUUAGCUUAUUAAUAAGAGAGUGAUACUAAUAUUUGCUUUACUAUUUAAGGGUGGAUGUCACAGAUAAUUUGUACUUCUCUCUGUAUUUAGAAAUUAUAGCUUCUUUCCCCUAGUCAAAUUCUUUACCUUACUGUACACCUUUCUGUGUAAUCUGUGGAAGUGCAAUAAUGAUAGUAAAUUACCUUUCAAAUGAUGCCCAUGUGACAAUACCCCUAAUCAGUGGCUUAUAGAAUUUAAAGAUUUGUGUAUUUAUUAAGAUUUUGGCUUAAAGGCAUGAGAAGUAUAAGACUUGGUUUGGUGGCUUUGUAAGACCAUGAGCCUCUUACUGACGGUUAGCCUCUUCAGGUCAUUAAAAUAAAAACAUAAAAGCUAUUACAUUUUCCCCCUCAUAAUGCUCUUCUUUCAGUCCCACUCAUCUUCACAUUUGAGUUUAAAUAUGUGAGCCUACCAUUAUUAAUUUCUUAUAAAGCGAUUAAACAUUUGAAAAUUUACAAAUGGACUAAUAUUGCUUGUCUUGCCCCCCAUAAAACUGGGUUUCCGAUGCCAGCCUGCAUUUGUUGACUACUUUUAUUCACAAAUGCAAUUGGAAACUUUGUAGCCGAACCUUAAUGUGCAAGUGCUAUGGCCUUUCAUUUGUCCCAAUAGAGUGAAAUUAUUUUAUUCACAAAAGCCACCACGUUUCAGUGUUCAGUGAUAAAACUGCUUUUAAAAAAUUUUAGCUUAAUGUCAAAAAAAGAAAAUGUUGCAUCUUGGUGAUUUUAAAGCAUGAAGGAAGGGCUCUGACAGGCUGCUUGGCGUUGGCUUGGAAACAGGCUUUGGUCUUAUGGGUCACCAUCGUCUAGGGACGUCUGAGCUGUUUCCAGACUUGGGAAUAGCACCUGUUGUCUUGUCUCUGGUUGCAGUCUCAUUAGGCUCUGCCUUGCCCCACUGGAGUGUUGGUUACCACAGCUAUAUUGCCACCGCAGUGGAGUCCCGGGUGGUGCAGGCAGAGCGGCAGCAGAGGGAACCUGUGCCCUUAGCGUUAACAAUGUGCCUUCUGUUCUGAAUGCCGUGUUGUAGGGCAUGCAUUUUUUGGCCCUUUAAUUCUUUGAAUACUAGUUGGUAAGGGUGGAACCCACCUCUGCAAAGAUACAUCUGUUUUAAAUACCUAGUUACAGGCCUUAACAGAAACCAUGAGGUGUGACUCGUAAGGCACUGACACAAGACGCCCAACCGCCGGUUAGUUACACAGGGACUCCUGUGUCUAAGGGGUUGAAGAUGGUCUUUCUUGUAUCUUAACAUCAGACUGACUUUUAAAUGGUAUUUUUUUUUUGUUAUGCUAACAGUAGACAAAAAUCAACUGUAUUUGUAAAAAUUUACCUCAAACCAUUUAAUUUUAUAGUGUGAUUAAUCCCAGGGCAUUUGGUAUGAACCAAAGUGCAUUCCUUUUCUAUGUGCCUGGCUCUAGUAAGGACAGCCAGGGAUUUUUACAAUUUGGGUGCAAGGCACUUAAGCCACUUUCACACUUACUGGGUGGUGUGGAGUCGGGAACUUGACUCCUUCAGAGCACUAGCGCACUGCAGGCAUCAGUAGCAUUGGGCCAUAUUGGAAUCUUAAAUAAAAGUGUGAAUUAUUUUAAAGAGAGCAUUCAUUUUUGUAAUUUUUUUCAUCAAGAAUAUUUCUGGUAAACAGAAAACUUUUUUAAAAACUGAUUUGGUUGGUAAAGGUUUUAAUAUUGCCCAACAUAAUGCUGUGGUAGCAUUUAAAAAAAAGGUAUUUGUGAACUCUUUGUUUCUUAGGGGCUUGCACAUCUCUCUGCUAUGGACAUACAUAAAACUAAUUGUAAUUAUACUCAGCUCAACUGCUGCACUGUCUGGGCAGUGGCUUGAGUUUUUAAUUGAGCUACAACUUAGACACGUGUCUGAUAUGCUGCAACUGUGUGUACUGAAUAUAUGUGAAAUGGUUGAAUGUGGACUGUGUAUAUACGUUUGUAAAAACCUCUGUGAGAUGCUGCUGUCGCCACUUAACAUAGAACAUGUUCUAGUGGAUUUUAAUCCUAGUGGCCAGUUCUAUGAUACUGUAUGUAUUGUACAGCUGAUGACAGGAGUAAGACUGUUUAGUGAAUAUUUGUUAAAUUUUAUUGUUGUGGCCAGAGAUAAUUUCAGAAUAAAAUUUUAAUGUCCUACCUUA